CUGUUGCUCAGUAGCAGAGCAUCUGCUUUGCAUGCAGAAGGUCCCGGGUGCAAACCCCGCCGUCUCCAGCUGCCUAACCAAUUCAGGAGGAAGGCUGAAGAUGACAGCGGUGGACGCUCUGUCCGACAGCUCAGACGCCGUGGAGAUGGAGGACACGUCCGCUUCCCACUUCCAGGUGGAGAAGCAUUCGUGGGAGGGGCUGCGUGACAUCAUCCACAGCAGCCGGAAGUACACGGGGAUGAUCGUGAACAAGGCGCCCCAUGACUUCCAGUUCGUGCGGAAGACUGAAGAGUCAAGCCCUCACUCCCAUCGGCUGUAUUACCUGGGAAUGCCAUACGGAAGCAGGGAGAACUCCCUCCUCUACUCCGAGAUUCCCAAAAAGGUACGGAAGGAAGCCUUGCUCCUGUUGUCGUGGAAGCAGAUGCUGGACCAUUUCCAGGCCACCCCCCACCACGGGAUGUAUUCCAGGGAGGAAGAGCUGCUGAGGGAGCGCAAGCGGCUAGGGGUCUUUGGGAUCACUUCCUACGACUUCCACAGCGAGAGCGGCCUCUUCCUGUUCCAGGCCAGCAACAGCCUUUUCCACUGCCGGGACGGAGGCAAGAACGGCUUUAUGGUGUCUCCAAUGAAGCCGCUGGAAAUCAAGACACAGUGCUCAGGCCCCAGAAUGGAUCCCAAGAUCUGCUCCGCCAAUCCGUCUUUCUUCUCGUUCAUCAACAACAACGACCUUUGGGUUGCCAGCAUCGAGACGGGGGAGGAGCGGAGGCUGACGUAUUGCCAGAAAGGUUUAUCCAGCGUGCUAGAUGACCCCAAAUCUGCAGGCGUAGCCACGUUCGUCAUUCAGGAGGAGUUUGACCGGUUUACGGGGUACUGGUGGUGUCCCACAUCUUGCCAAGAAGGUCCCGAGGGCUGGAACACGUUACGAAUCCUCUAUGAGGAGGUGGACGAGUCGGAGGUGGAGAUCAUCCAUGUUCCUUCUCCCGCCCUGGAAGAAAGGAAGACGGACUCGUACCGCUACCCCAGGACAGGCAGCAAGAACCCCAAAAUCUCGCUGAAGCUUGCUGAAGUUCAAGUGGAUAGCCAAGGGAAGAUAGUAUCUUCCCAGGAGAAGGAGCUGGUGCACCCCUUUUCAACGAUGUUCCCGCGGGUGGAGUACAUCGCACGGGCCGGGUGGACCCAGGAUGGUAAAUAUGCCUGGGCCAUGUUCCUCGACCGACCUCAGCACCAGCUCCAGCUCGUCCUGUUCCCCCCUGCCCUCUUCAUCCCGGUUCCGGAGAGCGAGGAGCAGCGCCAGGAGUUUGCCAAAGCUGUGCCGGGGAAUGUCCACCCCUUCAUUAUUUACGAGGAAGUCACCGACGUCUGGAUAAACGUCCACGACAUCUUUUACCCUUUUGUCCAGCCAGAGGGGGAAGAGGAGGAGCUUUGCUUUAUCCGAGCCAACGAGUGCAAGACGGGCUUCUGCCACCUGUACAAAGUCACGGUCGUCCUCCGGCGGGGCAGCUUUGACUGGACGCAGCCGUACGUCCCUAGCCAAGAGGACUUCAAAUGCCCUCUCAGGAAGGAGUUGGCGCUCACCAGCGGUGAAUGGGAGGUCCUGGCCAGGCACGGAUACAAGAUUUGGGUGAAUGAAGAAACCAAGCUUGUCUACUUCCAGGGCACGAAGGAUACCCCUCUGGAGCACCACCUCUACGUGGUCAGCUACGAGUCCCCCGGGGAGGUCGUGCGGCUCACCACCCUGGGCUUCUCCCACAGCUGUUCCAUGAGCCAGAAUUUCGACAUGUUCAUUAGUCACUACAGCAGUGUCAGCACCCCUCCCUGCGUCCACGUUUACAAGCUUAGCGGCCAAGAGGAAGACCCCCUCCACAAGCAGCCGAAAUUCUGGGCCAGCAUGAUGGAAGCAGGCCUAGUGAGCUGCCCCACUGAUUACAUCCCCCCGGAGAUCUUCCACUUCCGCACCCAGUCGGACGUCGAGUUGUAUGGGAUGGUGUACAAACCUCACGACCUCCAGCCUGGAAAGAAGCAUCCCACUGUGCUCUUUGUCUACGGGGGGCCUCAGGUCCAGCUAGUGAAUAACUCCUUCAAAGGCAUCAAGUAUCUGAGGCUCAACACGCUUGCUUCUCUCGGCUAUGCCGUGGUGGUGAUAGACGGCCGGGGGUCAUGCCAGAGAGGCCUUAAAUUUGAGGGGGCCCUGAAGAACCAGAUGGGUCAGGUGGAGAUCGAGGACCAGGUGGAAGGCUUGCAUUACGUAGCGGAGAAAUACGGGUUCGUCGACCUCAGCCGCGUCGCCAUCCACGGCUGGUCUUACGGGGGCUUCCUCUCGCUCAUGGGGCUCAUCUGCAAACCUCAUAUCUUCAAGGUUGCUAUCGCAGGGGCCCCCGUCACGGUCUGGAUGGCGUACGAUACUGGAUACACCGAACGGUACAUGGAUGUCCCAGAGAACAACCAGCAAGGCUACGAAGCAGGCUCUGUGGCGCUGCAUGUAGAGAAACUCCCCAAUGAGCCCAAUCGCCUGCUGAUCCUCCAUGGAUUUCUGGAUGAAAACGUGCACUUUUUCCACACCAAUUUCCUGAUCUCCCAGCUGAUCCGAGCAGGGAAACCUUAUCAACUACAGAUCUACCCCAACGAGCGACACAGUAUUCGCUGCCCUGAGUCUGGGGAGCACUACGAAAUCACGCUGCUGCACUUUCUUCAAGAAUACCUCUGAGGACAGGGGGGGGGGGGAACGGCACGGUGUGGGGCGUGGACAGGGGCUGCUGUCUCCCUGCCCACCCGCAACUCGACGUAGACGCUGAAGACUCGCUCCUCCUCUGGCCUCCUUUUUUUGCCCCAACCUCUCCCCAUGCCCUCCAGCAGCCUCCCGAUACCCAGAGCACCUGUCCGUGUUGCCCUACCUGGGCCCUGAAUUCACGAGGGGCACCGAGACCCCUCACCCCCUGCCCAACUGGAUUGGCACUGCUCUGCCUUGUCCCUCCAGCUUCUCUUUUAAAGUUCUCCUUCUCUCUCUCUCUCUGCCCCCCCAGAACCCCUUCUCUGUUUUGCUGCUACUUUUUGGGCCGGGAAUAAAAGUCGAGCGCUCCCCUGCCCUCGUGUCCCGCCCCCUACAUCUCCAGUACUGUCUUGUGUCCCUCUUAAACUCCCCCCUCUCCUUUCCUUUCCUCUCCCCACUGAGUCCUGCGAGAGAGCUUUUCUGGGGCUCGGAAACAGACCAGCGCUUGGUGCUGUGCUGCCAAGAUGUGGGCGCAGGGGGGGGGGGUAGGCUGGUGGGGGGGGUGACGAUGCCUCUGUCCUUGGUGCUGUGGCUUCCUGGCUGUGUCCUGUGGCAAAUUCAGGCUCUCGGAAGGAUUUGGGCAGGUGUUUGUGUGUUUGGGCUCCCCACUUAAGAAGGCUUUGCUGUUCUGACUUCUCUCUCCGUAACCCUUGCGUCAUUCCCCUGUCUGAAACACACCCUUCUUUCCCCUAAGGCAACCGUGUCCAGAAACUUCAGUCACUUCUGGAUGGAAAAAAAGGGGGGGGGUUCUAGGGGGUUUUUUCGCAGCCAGAUUUAUUUAUGCAAAUACGGCUCCCUCUGUCCACUCUCUCUGGCUUAUAGGCACUGCCCCCCCCCCGUCUCGCCAACCCUUCGCCUCCGCCUCCCAAGCCCUGAGCUUCCAGCCUCCAGCCCCACAGGCGUGGUCAGUUCUCUGCGGGUCAGCGACUGUAUCCCCCCACCCACCCCCUGUUCUAGCAACACCUCUUGCCCGUUGGUUCUCCUCCUCCCCCUGCCCCACGACCCACCUCCUCUGGUCUUAGGGCAUCCCCGCAACACAGCCUGAACCGCGAUUUGGGUUGGUUUGUAAAGAAAGGCAGGGGCGCCCGUGUGCCAGGCUUCGCCACAACUUACGCCUCGUGGGAAGAAACACACACACACACACACACCCUCGCCUGCUUGCUCACACCCUCUGGGCUCUCCCCCCCCCCCAAACACACAUUCUUGCCUCUCAGGGGUGGGGCAGAAUUUCAAGCGAGGAGAAACUUGCCUAAAACGAAACGAAAAACCCACGAACCACAAACGACUUGCCCCCAAGUAUCUUUAAGUGCGUAUUAUGAAAAGAAAAUAUUUUUAUGGAUUCUUAUUCUUUUAUAAUUAUGAGGUGUAACAUGUAGUUACUCAUUAAAAUAUUGGAAAUUGGCGCAG